AUGGUUCGAAUUAAAGAAAGGUACAUUUUGGUGCAAGUGCGAUGCAACGACAAACCAGCCGACGAAUCUGUGGCCAUCUCAUCCACUACCAUGUACCAUCAGCUCUGCGGACAGGUGGAACGAUAUUACGGCGAGUUUGGAAUAGCGAGUAUGUUGCACCUGCGCGUAGUUUAUUUUAAUGACAAAACGCACCUUUGCAUAAUACAAUCGAGGCACGGACCGCAUCGGUUUAUCACCAGCAUUUUACCUUUAAUUACUACCGCCGGCACACAGAUGGCCCGAUAUCGCAUCCUCUACGUGGGAGCUACUGUGAAGCAGUGUCAGAAAUUUAUUAUAAAAUAUCAGCAGCGUUACAUUAACAAAACUAUCGGCAACUAUCGGGGGGAGAUGCAGAAACAGCAGUUGAUUGCCGAUGUGACCAAAAUGGCGAAACUGUAA